AUGCCCUCGCGUAAUGGAGAACGUUAUAUCGAAACACCAUGUCGUGAGACCCCUCCGUUUCCCCCCUCCUCAUCUUCCCUCGCACAUCUCUCCUCCCUCUCUCCUCAUCUCCCCUCGCUCUCUCGUCAUCCCCUCCGCGCUCCCCUUGUCCCCCCCUCCCCUCUCCUCGCCUCUCCCCACUCUCACCACAUCUCCCCCGCUCUCUCCUUAGCAACCCCCGCCCUCCCCUCGACUCCCCCCGCUCUCCCCUCAUCUCCCCCCGAUCUCCCUUCAUCUCCCCCGCUCUCCCCUCAUCUCCCCCGCCAUCCCCCCAUCUCCCUCGCUCGUCCCCCAUUCGUCCCGAAAAAGCAUCCCUCACCCCCCCCGCGUCUCACCCUCAUCCUCCCCUCUGUCUUACCCUCAUCCCCCCCGCGUCUCACUCUCAUCCCCCUCCGCUCUCCGCCGCUCUCUCCCCAUCUCCCCCGCUCUCUCCUCGUUUCCGCCCGCUCCCCCCCACCCCCUUGCUCUCCCUGUCAUCUCCCCCCGCUCUCCCCUCAUGUCCCGUUUGCCUCCCCUCAUCCCCCCCCCCGCUCUCCUCUCGUCACUCUUCCGACUCACCCUAGUUCUUCUCCUGUUUACCUCUCAUACCCCCUCCGAUUCCUUCCUCCUUCCCCCUCCCCUUCUCGCUCGUCCCGCAUCCCCGCUCUCCCCUCAUCUCCCCUCGUCUCCCCUCAUCUCCCUGCGAUUUCCGCCUAUGUCCCCGCCCUCACCCCUUCUUCCCCCUCAACCCUGUUUCCCCCCAAACACAGUCUCGUUCACCGCUCAUCCCCUCCCCCCACCAUGCCUCCUCUCCCCUCUCACUCGCUCCACAUCCCUCCUCCCAUCCACCCUGCGUCACCCCUCCCUCCCCUCGUCUUUCCCCUCACUCACCCCUCAUUUCUCCCCAUCCAGUCACCCCUCAUGAUGAAUAUAUCUAUCCUUCUCUUUUCUCCCUCUCCCCUCCCCCCCUCUUUAACACCUCCCCUUGGCCCCGUCCCUUCCUCCCCUCACUCCUCCCCGCUCCUCUAUUGGAUUGCUUGUCGCUGCAGUAUGUGA